CUAUCGCAACACGGAAGAGCAGGAACGAAAACAAAUAAUCGUUUAAAUUUGUCUUUUCUUCAAGUCGGAGAAGAACAAACGUCUCUGUGGAUCACCGUCAUUUACCAACAUGAUGAGUGCACUAUUUGGGAGGAGGAAGACUCCUGAGGAGAUGCUAAGGCAGAAUCAGAGGGCGCUCAGCCGAGCCAUAAGAGAACUGGACCGAGAGCGAAACAAACUGGAGCAACAGGAGAAGAAGAUCAUCGCUGACAUAAAGAAAAUGGCCAAACAGGGACAAAUGGACGCCGUCAAGAUCAUGGCCAAAGAUCUGGUUCGCACACGGCGCUACGUCAAAAAGUUCAUCAUGAUGAAAGCCAACAUUCAGGCCGUCAGUCUAAAGAUACAGACACUCAAGUCCAACAACAGCAUGGCGCAGGCGAUGAAAGGCGUCACCAAAGCCAUGGCCACCAUGAACAAACAGAUGAAAUUGCCUCAGAUUCAGAGGAUCAUGAUGGAGUUUGAAAAACAGAGUGAAAUCAUGGAAAUGAAGGAGGAGAUGAUGAACGACGCCAUCGACGACGCCAUGGGUGACGAGGAUGAUGAGGACGAGAGUGACGCCAUCGUGUCCCAAGUGCUGGACGAGCUGGGUCUCACUCUGUCCGAUCAACUGUCAGAUCUUCCAAGCACCGGGGGAAGCUUGUCGGUGGCCGGAGCGAAGAAGGCAGAGCCCACAGCCGCCCUGGCCGACGCGGACGCCGACCUGGAGGAGCGGCUGAAUAACCUGCGGAGAAAAUGAGCCAGACACUGUGUUAGAACAGAUACAAACAUACUCAAAUCUCUGUUUAGAUUCUUUUUUUGACGGUAAAACUGGCAGAACACCUGCUGUUUCAGCUGUGUUAUGAAGGUGUGUGGCUUUCAGUUUAGGUGUUUUCAUUUUAUGCGCGUAUUAUGUAUUCUAUCAAAAAAAAGAAGAAAAACCUUAUUGCCAAGUGACACAAAUUCUUUGAAAGUGAAAAAAAAAUUUGCAGUUUGUGUGAAUACUAACUACUUCAGGCAUGAUGAUUUUUCCACAUUUAAAUUAACACUAAAAUGUUGAAAGGAACCAAAUGAAAGGUGGUAACACGACAGAUCUUUUAUGUCAGUACUUUUGUACAUCAGGCUGGUUUGGGGUUCUUUAUUUUAUCAUCAUCAUAUAUAAAUGCGUCGUUUUGGCCCUGAUGUUAGCUCUUUGCUGACUUUUGAUGUUUGAGCUGACGGUAGUCGGGGUGUGAGAAGUGUGUUAUCUCAAAAUCUUUUCUGUCUAAAUUUACUCACGGGACAGUUUAUUUUACACAAAUAUAUAAAGGAAGGAAGAAAGGUUUGCUCAGAGGACUCUUCAGUCUGACUGGUCUGAGUCUGAGUGGUGUUUUUCAGACAGGCAGGAUUGUCACCAAAACAUCAGUAAAGAGUCGGUAGCUUUUAAUUUUGAGAAACUGUCCUGUUUUUGCUUUUCGUUAUUAAAUAAACAUUUUUCUAUUCCAGAA